GCGGACUCCUUCCACUUCCGCCGCCGCCGCCGCAACGGGACCGGGCUGAGUUGCUGUUUGUUCCGAGCCGCUACCCUCGCCGUUGCGAUGCCGCUGGAGAACCUGGAAGAGGAGGGUCUGCCCAAGAAUCCGGACCUACGCAUCGCGCAGCUGCGCUUCCUGCUCAGCCUGCCGGAGCACCGCGGGGACGCGGCCGUGCGCGACGAGCUGAUGGCAGCCGUCCGCGAUAACAACAUGGCUCCUUAUUACGAAGCCUUGUGCAAAUCCCUUGAGUGGCAGAUGGACGUGGACCUGCUCAGUAAAAUGAAGAAGGCAAAUGAAGACGAGUUGAAACGUCUGGACGAGGAGCUGGAAGAUGCGGAGAAGAAUCUGGGAGAGAGCGAAAUCCGAGACGCGAUGAUGGCAAAGGCCGAGUACCUCUGCCGGAUAGGUGACAAGGAAGGUGCUCUGACAGCCUUUCGCAAGACAUAUGACAAAACCGUGGCCCUGGGUCACCGACUGGAUAUUGUGUUCUAUCUCCUUAGAAUUGGCUUAUUUUACAUGGAUAAUGACCUCAUCACACGGAACACAGAAAAGGCCAAAAGCUUGAUAGAGGAAGGAGGAGACUGGGACCGGAGAAACCGCUUAAAAGUAUAUCAAGGUCUUUAUUGUGUGGCUAUUCGUGAUUUCAAACAGGCAGCUGAACUCUUCCUUGACACUGUUUCAACGUUUACAUCCUAUGAACUCAUGGAUUAUAAAACCUUUGUGACUUACACUGUCUAUGUCAGCAUGAUUGCUUUAGAAAGACCAGAUCUCAGGGAGAAGGUAAUUAAAGGAGCAGAGAUUCUGGAAGUGUUGCACAGUCUUCCGGCAGUUCGGCAGUAUCUGUUUUCACUCUAUGAAUGCCGUUACUCAGUUUUCUUCCAAUCAUUAGCUGUUGUGGAACAGGAAAUGAAAAAGGACUGGCUUUUUGCUCCUCAUUAUCGAUACUACGUGAGAGAGAUGCGGAUUCACGCAUACAGCCAGCUGCUCGAGUCAUACAGGUCAUUAACCCUGGGCUAUAUGGCAGAAGCCUUUGGUGUUGGUGUGGAGUUCAUUGAUCAGGAACUCUCCAGAUUUAUUGCUGCUGGGAGGCUACACUGCAAAAUAGAUAAAGUGAAUGAAAUAGUGGAAACAAACAGACCUGAUAGCAAGAACUGGCAGUACCAAGAAACUAUCAAGAAAGGAGACCUGCUAUUAAACAGAGUUCAAAAACUAUCCAGAGUAAUUAAUAUGUAAGAAAAAAAACCCUCAUACACCAAGGAUUUCCUGUAGAGGUGCUUACUUUACUUUGUGCCCAGUUGAACUGUAUAAAAUAAAUACUGCAUGGUUUCUUUCAGUUUACUUUUUUUGACAUCUCUAAGAAUGGGGUCCAGUAAUGUUAAAAUAAUGUCACAUUUGCAUCAUCUGAACAGCUCUGGUUUAUGGUAAAUGGUUACAGAGACUACAGGACUUAAGUUCUAAUCCUGACUCCGCCUCUUCAGUAAAAUAGGGGAUCAUGCAUGUCAUCUCUUACCUUUAAGCCUUCUGAAUUUUACGAAGACGAUGCUGUAUGAUUAAACGCAGUGCUUAGUACAUAGAAGACAGACGAGAAAUGCAGUGUAUUGUAAGCUUUCCCUCAGAAACAAGUAUCUACAGAAGACAGGAAGUUACUCCUCCUUUUUUGAGGCUACCAAACCCUAGAUUCUAGAAUCUGCCGCCAAAGCCAGUCUCACUGAAGAUUUUAGCUAUAUUGGCAAAGGGAAUCUUUUUUCCCAAUUAUAAACUUAGUGAGUCAGAGGGGGAGAAGUGCUAGGAAGAAAGAAAUACAAAACCAGAUAAAGGUGAUUAAUAGGGCAUGAGAGCUCUCUGCUAUAGGGUGUCAUAGAAGGCCUCUCUAGUACCGUGAUACUUACAGAAAAAGGAGAGAGAGACCACGAGAGCAAGUAUCGAGGGAAGAAAGUCGCUGGAGGUUUUCAGCAGAGGAAUGGCCCAAUUUGACCUACCUUUUAAGUGUCACCAUGGCCCUGAGCUGCAGGGACGCUGGGGAGUGGUGGAAUAAACUGUAGAGGCAGCCGGAUUUGCUAAGAGGAUCCCAGGCUUGCUGAAUGGUGACCUUGACAAGAGCAGUUUUGGUAGAGCUGAGUUAAAAAGAGACUGGGAGAUGGCAUUUUACUGUAAAAAGGAAGGGGAGAGAAGUAUGAGGUUUUGAUUCAUUUUUUUAAGAGAGCAUGUUUACAUUGCUGAUGGGAAUGAUUCAUUAACAUAUUAGAGGAAAAAACAAAACACAUGAUCUCAGUGGAUAAUCUGUUGAAAAUAACUUGAAACAAACAUUCAUUCUUCAUUAAAAACUUGAGUAAAACUACGAGUAAUAACAGGUUGGGAAAGCAAAGCCCUCUUGCAAAUGAUAUACUUAAUGGCAAAGUAUUAGAAGCACUGCCUUAAAAGUCAAGACAGUGGCAGCCGUCAGUACUGUACUGAAAGAGGGGCCACUGACUGCCAAGGAAGCAGGGACCAGAGCUGUGCUCUGACAGGAGCUUCCUGCAGGUGCUGUGGACUCUUAAAAUGCGGGAUGGAUUUCUAAAAACGCUUAUUUAUAAAACCUUAUUAACAAUGAUCACUGUAAUUUCUUGAAGAAAUUGGUAAUAUGGGGGCUUCCCUGGUGGUGCAGUGGUCGAGAGUCCGCCUGCCGAUGCAGGAGACACGGGUUCGUGCCCCGGUCUGGGAAGAUCCCACGUGCCGUGGAGGGGCUGGGCCUGUGAGCCAUGGCUGCUGAGCCUGCACGUCCGGAGCCUGUGCUCCGCAGCGGGAAAGGCCACAGCGGUGAGAGGCCCGCGUACCGCAAAAAAAAAAAAAAAAAAAAAAAGAA